UGUCCCCAACCACUGUCGAUCAGUCCAUUUGUUCGGGCAUAACUCAUGUUACAUUGCAUUAGAUCUGGUCCCAUUCGAAGAGUUCGGCUAUUUCCAGCCAAUUCCACCACAUCAUGCUGUUCAAAAUGCCCCUUCUCCAGCAUUGCGGUCCACGGGCGAUAGAUUUUCCAACACUACUAAUAUGCUGUUUAUUCUUAGCCAAAUCUGAGGCCUUGCCUAUCACUUAGACGCAAUGUGGUCGCGACGAGAAUACUUAGCUACCUUGAUUGCCCAAUUGGCGACGUUCGCUCGAGGAAGUCACCAAUCGCGCACAUCGGCGGCAGACCAAGAUGUGCUUCGAUAUGUUAACCCGCUGAUCGGCUCGAAUAACGGGGGCAAUGUCUUUGCAGGGGCUAGUCUUCCUUACGGUAUGGCCAAGGCAGUGGCAGAUGUCGACGGUCAAAAUACCUCAGGCUUUUCCACCGACGGCAGCAAUGUCACCGGCUUUUCUGCUCUCCAUGACUCUGGCACAGGCGGUAAUCCGUCUUUGGGGAAUUUCCCUUUGUUCCCACAAUACUGUCUUGAAGAUCUGAUCGACAACUGCAACUUUCCCAAAGCUGCGCGGGCAGUUCAUUAUGUCAAUGACUCGGUUGUCGCCCAGCCAGGGUAUUUUGCUCUUACGCUAUCCGACGGUAUUCAUGCUGAAAUGACCACUACGGAGCAUGCCGCCUUAUAUCGGUUCAACUUCCCUCCAGCUACCGCAACGAAUGGCUCGGAGUUGAGCCCGUUAAUCCUGGUAGAUCUAACGGACUUAUGGAACAGUCGACAGAACGCGUCGAUUAGUGUAGAUGCCCAGACGGGAAGGGUCAAAGCCAGUGGUACCUUUCUUCCUAGCUUUGGUGCGGGGUCUUACAUGUCUUAUUUCUGUGCUGAUUUCGCCGGCGCAUCUAUACGUGACACUGGGGUUUGGGUCAAUAAUCGGGGAGGGACUGAGCCUAAAGAGCUCUUUGUUACUCGCGGGUUCAAUAACUUCUACAUCGAGGCUGGUGGCUUUGUCAGUUUCAAACGCCCUGGUAAUGGGACCGUGAGUGUACGGGUCGGCGUUAGCUAUAUUAACGCAGAGAGAGCUUGCGAGAACGCCCAGCGCGAGAUCCCAUACCCACUAGACGAGUUCGAAGAUAUUCGUCGUCACGCAGAGCAUGCUUGGAGAGAGAAGCUCAGUCCAAUAUCUAUUCAACCAGGUGGCGCGAGUGAUGAUCUCCAGACCAGCUUUUGGAGUGGUUUCUACCGGACGAUGCUCGAUCCACAGGACUUAACUGACGAGAAUCCACUUUGGGAGAGUACUGAGCCCUACUUUGAUUCUUUUUACUGUAUCUGGGAUUCCUUCCGAGCGCAGCAUCCGUUCCUUACAAUUGUUGAUCCAGAGAUACAGUCAAAGAUGGUGCGCAGUCUCCUUGACACUUACAAACACGAAGGCUGGCUGCCAGACUGUCGCAUGAGUCUCUGCAAGGGCUGGACGCAGGGUGGAUCAAAUGCCGACGUUGUGUUAGCAGAUGCGUAUGUAAAGAAUCUCACAGGAAUUGAUUGGGAUUUAGCAUAUGAGGCCAUGGUCAACGAUGCCGAGAAUGAGCCCUUGGAAUGGUCAUAUGAAGGAAGAGGGGGGUUACGAAGCUGGAAAGGACUAAAUUAUAUUCCUUAUUUGGACUUUGAUUACCUGGGUUUUGGCACUAACUCUAGGAGUAUCUCACGGACGCUGGAGUACUCAUACAACGACUUUUGUUUGUCAACAGUUGCAAGGGGACUCCAUAAGGAAGGAUACACGAAGUACCGAUCCAGAGCUGGUAAUUGGCAGAAUAUAUACAAAGCUGACCAAACAUCUUUCGUUAACGGCACUGACACUGGCUUUGUCGGCUUUUUCCAACCUAGAUAUUUGAAUGGAACGUGGGGUUAUCAAGAUCCAGUUGCCUGUAGUGCUCUUGCUUCGUGGUGCUCGCUAACAAGCAAUCCCUCCGAAACUUUUGAAUCCAGCGUAUGGGAAUACCAAUUCUACGUACCUCAUGAUAUGGCCGCCUUAAUUGAUCUUCUCGAUGGCCCAGACAACUUUGUCUCACGACUAGACUUCUUUCAUACAUCUGGCCUAGCAGACAUGGGCAAUGAACCUGUUUUUCUCACAGUUUACGAAUACCACUAUGCCGGGCGACCUGCGCUCUCCUCCCGCCGCGUGCAUAGCUACAUUCCAUCUUUAUUCAACGCCUCGAAUAGUGGUCUGCCAGGGAACGACGACUCGGGGGCUAUGGGUGCGUUUGCCGUGUUCUCCAUGAUGGGUCUCUUCCCAAAUCCUGGGCAAGAUGUCUACCUUAUCAUCCCUCCCUUCUUUGAAGCGGUUCACAUCACGCACCCAACGACAAAAAAGACAGCUACAAUUCGGAACAUCAACUUCGACAAUACAUAUAAGAACAUUUACAUUCAGAGCGCAACGCUUAACGGACGUCCUUAUACCAAAAAUUGGAUAAGUCAUGACUUCUUCACUCAGGGGAUGACGCUAGAGUUGACUCUGGGGGAUACGGAAAGUGAUUGGGGUCGGCGUGAGAAGGAUUUACCACCUAGUUUGAGCAAACCUUUUAGGUGAAAUAAGGUAUAUAUUCUAACUUAAAUCGAGAUGUUCUGAAGAAA